UCUCUUUUUCCAAUCUUUGAUAAUUCAGAAAAUUCAGCAAAUUUGAUUCAACACGCUGCCAUCUGAGCAUACAGCUACUUCCGUCGGCUUGACUGUGCGCCGCCGCCGGCGACUUUUCAAAUUUCCGUGUUAGUUGAAGGAUAUGGCAUCGAAAAGAAACAUGCGGUACAGUCGUCUUGCUGUGGAUGAAGAUGAUUAUUAUGACGGUAGCAAUCAAAGUCGACACGAUCCUAGAUUCGAUUACACGCCAAGAACCUUCGACAAAGUUCCUUGGAAGUCGAUUGUUCUCGCAUUAUUUUUGCUUUUCCUAGGAUGUCUACUUCUCUUGCUCGCUGUUUUCAUCUUCACCGGUCAUAUGGGAGGGGAGUUUUCCCAAGCGUACGGUCUAUUAGGACUCGGGUUUCUUACCUUCAUUCCAGGCUUUUACGAGACUAGAAUUGCCUACUAUUCGUGGAGAGGUGCGCAAGGAUACCGAUUUGCCUCGAUUCCCGAUUAUUGAGGUUUUCGUUUUUUCAACCGCCGACAUUUUCUUUUCAUCACGUAUGUAGCUUAAAAGUUCGUUGUAAGAACAUGUAGUGUUAUGUUGUUCUUGUAUGCAUAGAACCAAGUUAUUUUUGUAUAUUCUUCGGUUACAGUUUAUUAGCAGUUGCUGAGCCAGGAUUUUGUAUUCGCAUGACUAAAUAUAUACAAAUUUCUAUAUAAAGUAGUACGAUUUUUACA